CCCUGCCCAGAACUGAUGGCCUUCAUUAGCCCCUGGCACUUAUCUUGGAGCCGCAGCUGCCCAUAGGACGUUCCCAGCCCUUCUCUCUGCCUGCCCUGAGUCCAGCAGUGCCAUGGGGAACUGUCUGCAGCACCAGGUGGCGGAUGAGGACUCUACUAAGUUCCCCUUUGGAGACGAUAUUUGGGACGAGUUUAAUGAUUCCUAUGACCUGAACUAUAACUACAGCAAUGUGGACGCAGCUGCCCCCUGCCGCUCGUGCAGCCUGCUGGACAGCUCCUCGCUGCCCUUCUUCAUCCUCACCGGCGUCCUGGGCAUCCUUGCCGGCGGGGCGGUCCUCUUCGCGCUCCUGAGACCUCUCUCCCACUGGCAGGUGUGCCCCGAGCGGCCUUUCCUGGUACAGCUGGCCAUGGGCAGCACCCUCUUCAGUACUGCAGUGCCCAUCCUGGCACCGGGGCAGAACAGUGUCCAGGGCACAGCGCUGUGCCACCUGGCCCACAUGGUCUGGUAUGGCUCAGCCUUUGCCCAGGCUCUGCUGAUAGGGGGCCAUGCCUGCCUGGGCCCCAAAAUGAGCGCAGGUCAGGUCCCCAACAUCGCCCUGGGACUCGGUGUGGGACUCUGGGGAAUGGCUAUCCUACUGGGGCUGCCAGUCACCCUGGCCACUGACACUUCCCGUGGACUCUGCUCCGUGACAUUCAGCAAGAGCCACUGGUUUCUGCAGCUGUCACACGUCAUGGCCUGUUUCACCCUCUUCACCUUGUUGCCACUGGGUUUGCUAGGAGCCAAGGUGCUGAUGAAAAUACUGGGCAGGUGGCCGUGUCCCUGGGUCAAUGUCCUGUGGGCCUGGUUUGUGUUCUGGUGGCUCCAUGGGGUGGCUGUGGGCUUGGACUUUCUCGUGAGGUCCAAGACCUUGGUCCUGUCGACAUGUCUGGCCCAGCAGGCCCUGGACUUGCUACAGCACCUGGCGGAGGCCGUGGCUAUUCUGCACUGCGUGGCCACACCCCUGCUCCUGGCCCUGUCCUACCACCAGACGGCGCGCACCUCCCAGCCCUCCCUGCCCCUCCCGCUCAGACGGCCUUCUCAUCUGGACACCGAGGGGGGAAAGUCCUAGCUCUCUUCCUACCUGUCCGCCUGCAUUAAAGUCUGCGCUGCUUUUAUGAA